AUGCCCCUCCACAAAGCCAAUGGCUCACAAAAACUCCAUCUCAAAGAAGGACAAGCAUUUUGUAUAACUUUUUCAUCAGAUUAUAUUUCGAGAGAGCAUUAUAGGGAUCCAUGGAAUGAAGUUAGAAUUGGGAGAUUGCUGCAAGACCUUGAUGCCUUGGCUACUACGAUAUCGGUCAAGCAUUGUUCCGAUGAUGGUAGCAAAACACGGCCGCUCUUUCUGGUCACGGCUGCUGUUGAUAAGAUUGUCCUGAAGAAGCCGCUAAGUGUCAGCAUUGAUAUGAAAAUUGUAGAGGACCCUGAGGAUGAUUCAGACUCAGUGGCUCUUACAGCCACAUUCAUAUGUGUGGCCAUUGACUCAAAGACAGGGGAAGCAGUACCAGUGAACCGUAUUUUGCCCGAAACUAAGCAAGAAAAGGCUCUUUUAGAAGAAACCGAAGCACAAAACAGCUUGAGGAAAAGCAAGAGAGGAAAAGAGUUGGUGAAUGGAGAGCCACAGCACAGGAACAUGCAUGGUCGAGUCUUUGGAGGGUUUCUGAUGCACCGGGCUUUCGAAUUGGCUUUCUCAACAGCUUAUGCUUUUGCUGGUUUGGUGCCUUGCUUUUCAGAAGUUGAUCACAUUGAGUUCUUAAAACCUGUGGAUGUGGGAGACUUCCUCCGUUUCAAGACAUGUGUUCUAUACAAAAAACCAGAGGAUCCUGAACAACCUCUGAUCCACGUUGAAGUUGUUGCUCAUGUUACAAGCCCAGAGAAGAGGUCUGCUGAGGUAUCAAAUACAUUCUAUUUCUCUUUCACUGUUCGUCCUGAGGCAAAGGUCACGAUGAAGAAGGACCUCAAAAUCAAGAAUGUGAUCCCAGAAACAGAGGAAGAAGCUCGACCUAUGGUUGGACUCAAAAAAAAGAGGCAACAGCUAGAUGGUGAAUAUAUAUAG